CGCGGUUACCUGGCAACGCGCGAUUCCCCUGCAUCUGGGCGCGCAGGUUUCGGCGAGGUGAUGGGGUCGCGGGGCCUCCAGCCGCUCUUGCUCGUGCUCCUGGACUGCUGGGCCUCUGGGAGCGCCCAGGCCGGGGCCACCUCCGCGGUGACGACGGAGGGCUUCAACUCUGCGGAGCCAGCCGCGACGACUCUCUGGCCCGCCUUGUCGCCUGGGCCUCCCGAGACCCCCAGAGCCCCUCGGCCCUCCUCUGGCCCCAGGCCCACCCCGGUCACGGACGUGGCUGCUCUGUGUGUCUGUGACUUGUCUCCAGCACGGUGUGACGUCAACUGCUGCUGUGAUCCCGAUUGUAGCUCCAUGGAUUUCAGUGUCUUUUCUGCGUGCUCGGUUCCCGUUGUCACGGGUGACAGGCAGUUUUGUAGUCAAAAAGCAGCCCUCUAUUCAUUGAAUUUUACAGCAGACCCACCUCAAAGGGUAUUUAAACUUGUCGACCAGAUCAAUCCAUCUAUUUUCUGCAUUCAUAUUACAAACCAUAAGCCUGCAUUAUCCUUUAUUAAUCCAGAAGUGCCUGAUGAAAACAAUUUUGAUAAAUUGAUGAAAACAUCUGAUGGUUUUUCAUCGACUGCAGAAUCAGAUAUUUCUUUGACAACCAAAUUGGAUGCUCCAAGUGCUGCUAAAUAUGAGUAUGGGGCUCAUCUGCAGACUUCAGAUUCAUUUUUGAGAUUUCCUUCUCCCCUCACGUCAUCUCUAUGCACCGAUGAUAACCCUGCAGCAUUUCUGGUUAACCAAGCUGUUAAGUGCACCAGAAGGAUAAAUUUGGAACAGUGUGAAGAAAUUGAGGCCCUGAGCAUGGCUUAUUACAGCAGCCCCAAAAUUUUGAGGGUGCCGAAUUCAAAGACAGAGGUCCCCAUCACUGUUCAGUCUGUCGUCAUUCAGUCUCUAAAUAAGACGCUCACCCGACGGGAAGACACUGCCGUGUUGAAGCAGGCUCUUGCCGAGGUUGGGGAUAUAAGGAUCUGCUCUAACGUGGUUCUUGAGGUCCAGUACAGCCUCACAUAUACAGACGCAGGUGACGUAACCAAGGCUGCUGUCUCUCUCCUCCUGGGGACAGUCAGCAGUGCGGUGGUUCCGUUCCAGCAAAAGUUUGAAAUUCGUUUUAUUCAGCAAAAUACCAAGCCAGUCCUUCUCAGUGGAAACCCUGGUUAUGUUGCGGGGCUCCCGUUAGCUGCUGGAUUUCGGCCUCGGAAGGGGUCCGGGAUUAUUCAGACCACGAACAGACAUGGACAGUUUACUAUCCUUCGCAGCACAGCUGAGCAAGACUGCUUAGCGAUAGAGGGGGUCCGAGCCCCGGUAUUAUUUGGUUACAAUAUGCAGUCUGGCUGUAAACUAAGACUGACUGGAGCUGUCACAUGUCAGCUUGUGGGGCAGAAGGUGAAGAGCCUGCUGAAGGGCCAGGGCUUCCCAGAUUAUGUGGCCCCUUUUGGAAAUUCCCAGGCUCAGGAUGUGCUGGACUGGGUGCCUGUCCACUUUGUCACCCAGGCAUCCCACGUGAAGGAUGCCUGCCAGCUCCCGGUGGCUUUGGCUGUGGAGGUGGAGUGGACUAAGUACGGCUCCUUGCUGAACCCACAGGCUAGAAUCGUGAACGUGACCGCUCGUCUGAUUGCAUCCGCGUUUCCUGAGACCAGCUCAGGAAGUGAGAGGACGGUUCUCAUUUCCACUGCGGUGACUUUUGUGGACGUGUCUGCACCUGCAGAGGCAGGCUUCAGGGCCCAGCCAACCAUCAAUGCCAAGCUGCCCUUCAAUUUCUUCUUCCCGUUUGUUUGACGGUGCUCACGUGAAAGAUGCACUGGUUCCUCAAUGUACACGCCAAACGUGAGAACUAUACAUUCGCUGAGAUUAAAUUUUAUAUACAACUA